AUGAUUCCUCUAUUGUUAGUGCCACCUGAACCACCAUCGAAGGAUAUUGUAAAUUUGGAUCGACUCUUCAAUUUACAUUGUUCGUUAUUCAAAGUUCAAGCAGAUGAAGUGAUUUGUGAUCUACUGAUUAAUACAAGCGUCACACAGUGUAUCAGAGAUGAAUGGUGCGGUGGUGUGUUGUCGGGUGUUGUGCGGUAUAUGGGUAUAAUUAGACGUUUCCAUGCGCACAUUUUGGUGCAUGGUCAUGAAGCUGCCAAAAAAUAUUUAUUUUUCCAGAAGAACAGGACAGAAUAUUCGCUGCAUAUGGAUGCUGCAUCAACUACUCUAACGAGUAAGAUUUUCGCUCGAUAUCUUGCAAACAUCCGUCGUGAAUGUUCUUCAUAUCCAUUUACUCAUGAUCGUAAUUUUAAACCGGACCGAACAUGCCGUUACUAUCUUAUUGGAAGAUGUGCUUUUGGUACUUCUUGCAGGUAUGACCAUAAACGACCGCCAUUAGAUGGAAUUAAGGCAGUGAAAAGCCUUUGUACAGCGGAAAAUUUUAAUUCAACCAAAGCGGUAGAAAAUGGUUGCAGCAGCGAUAAAACAGCAACAACAGCAGCGGCAGUGAACCGAAGCAGUCACGAGUUUUCUGUUGACGCCGCCGAAUUUGUUCCUUCUUGGAAAGUUUCGACAUUAAACGAAGUUAAUACUGUUGCUUCGGGAUCAUUUGGUUCGCUACCAUUAUGUCCUUAUUUCGAAACCGGAGAAUGUGACAAAGGUGAUAAGUGCCAGUUCGUGCAUGGUGAUGUGUGCGAUCUUUGUAAUGUUCCAUGCUUGCAUCCAAUGGAUACAGAACAGCGCGCACAACAUCGACGGGAAUGUAUAGACGCUCAUGAAGCUGCCAUGAAAGAAGCGUUUGCUGAAGCACGUUCAGCUGAUAAAGUGUGUGGUAUAUGUAUGGAAAACAUUAGGGAGAUAAAGAGCCGUUUUGGAAUCCUAGAAGGCUGCAGACACUGUUUUUGUUUAGACUGUAUUCGGAAGUGGCGUCGAAAUCAGAAUGAUCAUUUCGAAAAGAAAACAGUUCGCAGUUGUCCUGAAUGUCGCACUCAUUCGGAUUUUGUCAUUCCCGCCACAUAUUGGGUCGAGGAUCAAGCAGAUAAGGAUGAUCUGAUUGCUAAAUUUCGUGAAAAUGCAAAACAGAAGCAGUGUAAAUAUGUAAAAGAAGGGUAUAUCGAUGAUUGUCCAUUUGGCAAUAAGUGUUUCUACAAACAUGAAUUACCAGAUGGUACCGUCGUGGAAGGCGAUAGCCCACGAACUCUUCACAGACGAAGACGUCCGUUAUAUUCCGAAGUGUGGUCAUUUUCUGAUUCAGACUCGGAGGAUGACUUUUCAAGAAUUGCGCAGGGCAUUAUCAGCCGAUCAUUCAGUCUUGUUUAG